AGUUUCCAGAGUUACCUAACUUGUCCACCCUCCCAAAUUUCAAUAAAAAGUCACAGACUUUGCACAGCCAUAGUUCUGUUCAACAGAGACUCCAACCAGAGGACCUCAUAAUGGAGCUGCUCACCAAAACUCUGUUUUUGUGCCUGGCUCUUACUCUCACCAAUGGAGGACCUGUCCGGCCCCACGAUGCAGCAGCAGAUGAUGCUGCUCUACCAGACCGGUGCAGUGGCAUCGAGUUUGAUGCUAUCACUCCUGAUGAGAAAGGAAACACUUUCUUCUUCAAAGGCAGCCACUUGUGGAAGGGUUACCACGGUGAGGCCCAGCUCACCAGGGAGUCCUUCACAGAGCUUGAUGAUUCCCAUCACAUUGGUCACGUGGACGCCGCCUUCCGCAUGCACAGCCCAGAAAACCUAGGCGACCAUGACCACAUCUAUUUCUUCCUGGAUGACAAGGUGUUCAGCUAUUACAAUCAUACUCUGGAGGGCGGCUACCCCAAAGAGAUCCAGGAGGACUUCCCAGGAGUCCCCACACACCUGGAUGCUGCCGUGGAGUGUCCCAAAGGAGAGUGCAUGGCUGACUCGGUUCUGUUCUUCAAGGGGCACGAUGUGCAUAUCUAUGAUAUUACCACAAGGACGGUGAAGACCAAGACGUGGUCCCACCUGCCUGUCUGCACCUCCGCUCUCCGCUGGCUGGAGCACUACUACUGUUUCCAUGGAACCAACUUCACCAGGUUCAAUCCGGUGUCCGGAGAGGUGAGCGGUGCCUACCCCAAGGACGCCCGCCACUACUUCAUGAAGUGCACCGACUUCGGUCAUGGAGGUGACUAUAAAGUCCCAAAAUGCAGCGAGGUCAAAAUAGAUGCCAUCUCUAUCGAUGAUGGAGGAAAAAAUUAUUUAUUUUCAGGCUCCAUGUACGUGCGUCUGGACACGCGUAAAAACGGCCUUCAUGCCUUCCCUAUCACCAGGUCGUGGAAGGAGGUCACCCACGGGGUGGAUGCCGUUUUUGCCUAUGAUAACAAGAUGUACAUAAUCAAGGAUGACCACGUUUAUAUCUAUAAAACGGCAGCGCACUACAUGCUGAUUGAAGGCUACCCCAAAACCCUGAAGGAGGAGCUCGGCAUCGAAGGACAUGUCGACGCUACUUUUCUCUGUCCAAAUACACACACAGUUUAUGUAUUCCAAGGACGGAACAUGCGUUCCGUGGACCUUACCGCCACCCCCAGGGCCGUGUUGGAGGAUCUACCCUUGCCCUUCUCCGACAUGGACAGUGCUAUGUGCAGUGAUGAAGGAAUCUAUUUGUUUAAGGGCUCGCAGUAUUACCUGUACGAGAGCCCCAUGAUACUGGCUAUGGGUAGGAUGGCCCCUCAGCCUCAGCCUGUGACCAACGCCUUGUUGGGAUGUCAGGAUUAGUAGGUUGUAGAGUGAAACAGAGAGGAAGGAGCUUUAUGUACCAGCUAUUGAUAAGCCCCCCCCCCCCCC